GUACUGAUGUGAUCACUGGCGUGUUUCUGUCAGAUCAGUGUGCGUGGAGGUCGACCUGUGAUCAGUCAGACUGCAGGUUGUAGAAGGGGUAAAGUUGAACCGCGGAGCCCGGGUAUCCAGCUCGUAUCUGUCUCAGCAGACCCACGGACAGGCUUCAUCCGAGUAGUGCGCAGGUGUGGGGAGUCCACGCAGCAUGUAGACUGGACCCACUGGAUCUGCUGCUGCUGUAUGGUGCGUAGCUCCGAUAUCAUUAAAAUGAACCAGGCUGUCCUGAAGCUGCUGUGUGUAUGUGUGUGACUGUCACUUCUCUGGCUUCCACGGUGCGUGUUUUUUGUUUUGUUUUUUUCUCCAGCGCGCCGUGGCCCUGCGCCUGCCUCCGUCCGCUGCGCUGAUCCGAGCCCCGGUGACCCGCAGGAGCCAUGGGUGGGAGUCUGGGCUGCCACCGCUCCAUCCCCAAGGACCCCACGGACUUCAGCUGCGGAAAGCGCAAAUUCAGCGCCGCGUGUAACUUCGGCCACAUCAUGGUGAACCAGGAGCGGCUGAACAUCAACACGGCCACGGAGGAGGAACUCAUGACUCUGCCGGGAGUCAACCGCACUGUUGCGCAGAACAUCGUGGAGUACCGGGACUGCAUAGGGGGCUUUAAGAAGGUGGAGGACCUGGCCCUGGUCAGCGGGAUCGGGGCCACUAAACUAGAGGUGAUCAAACUGGAAAUUUGUGUUUCCAGUCGGACCAGUUCCUCCCAGCAUUCCCCGUCCUCUCUGCGCAAAGACCUGGACUACCAGCCGUGCACCGGCAUGAACAUUAACACCGCCACCCCUGCGCAGCUCAUGAGCAUCCGAGGCAUCACGGAGAAAAUAGCCAAUAACAUCGUGGCCUACCGGACGGAACACGGCCCCUUCAAGAGCAUCGAGGACCUGGUCCGGGUGAACCACAUCAACAGCUCUCUCCUGGACAAGAUCCGCUUCCAGGUGUUCGUGGAACGCUCCAGGGCGCCGUCCACGAACACCAACGGGGGGCUGACCUGCACCACCAAGUCUCACCCCAGCCCGACUUCAUUCAGCCUCAAAAGCGACGACCUGGACCUCCCACCUGGAGGACCGACCCAGAUCAUCUCUGUGCGGCCCAACGUGGACCCUCCGCCCGGUCUACGGGACGGGAAGCCCGUGGUGCGAGUGGCCACCUGGAGCCUGCAGGGCUGCUCCUGCGAAAAGGCCAACAACCCGGGGGUCAAAGAGGUGGUGUGCAUGACCCUGCUGGAGAAUGACGUCAAGUUACUGGCCGUGCAGGACCUGCUGGACCAGGACGCUCUCGAUAAGUUCUGUGUCGAGUUGAACCAAGGAACACUGGCCAGCGUACGCAAGUGGAAGUGGCCUCGAGGGCUGUGGAAAAGCAUUGUAUCUGAAAAACCCACAGGACACUCCAACAAGGGAGUCAGCUACUGCGGCUUUCUGUGGGACAGCUCAUCCGGUAUUGACCUAAAGGACGCUGCAGUCCUGGAGUCUGCUGUUGUCAAUGGCAACGGGAAUCAUGGCUACCCAGGACUGUACCGCGCUCAGUUUUGUAUUGGCUCCUAUGACCUGAAGGUGAUAAACGUCCACAUGCAAACCACAUCUGCACCGGGAGAGUCCAACGGUAAGAACGGCAACACAGAUGACGCCAAGUGUCAACGCCUGUCCCCCAGAAUACAGGAAACACUCAAAGCCGAGAAGGAACUGGUGGUUCUGGGAAACUUCGGUUCACCUCCUCAAAGCUCAGAGCUGGACAUACUGAGAAAGGAGAAACUCUGUGCGCUGGUCCCAUCCACCCAGUUUACCAACAUCAGCACCCGUUCACCACAGGGCACCCGCUGUCUAGACAACAUCUGGCUGAGCCGGUCCCUCAAGAAGAUCUACACUGGUUACUGCUCCGUCGUGCGGGAGGGCUUGACCAACCCCUGGAUCCCAGACAACUGGUCGUGGGGCGGUGUUGCCUCGGACCACUGCCCUGUAGUGGCUGAGUUUUAUGCAGACGUGGCCCCUAAGGAGCUGAGCAGACCCGGUAUGACGGUGGUGGACAGAGGAGACAUAAUGCCCAAACAUGAGCGGUGACGACGUCCACAGCAGUGAAUGGCAUCAGAGUGACUGUGGGUCCUGAUUGGGUGUCGGUUUGCUGUCGAGCAAAGAGUUUCCUAAUGAAUGUGAAGAAGUGCCAAGAUUGCCUUUUGGGUGUCACUUUAUCACUAUUUAAUAGUAACCGGUGAGAUAUAGAGCCAUAAAAAUGUCCAGAUAAAUAUACUGUAUAUAAGAUGUACUUUAAACAGAAAUGUGCCAAACAUUUUCUAUAUAUAAAAUAAAGACUUGUUAAAUGUUC